AUGAAGCAGUCCAUCAUCGUUUCUAUCCUCUCCAUGGCUAUGGCUGUUUUGGCAGUGCCUACAAGCCUUUCGCCCACGAACAACGUAAACGUAAACCAAUGCAGCGGCGGAAACAACAAACAGGUGUGCUGCAACAACGGGUUGCUCGGUCUCCUGACCUGCAGUGUUCAGGUGCUUGGUGGCGCUUGUGAUGGCUCGGUAACUUGCUGCAACACCCAGGCCGCAGAAGGCGUUCUGAUCAACGUGCAACUACUCAACUGUGGCCUCUGA